GAGACGGAGUGGAGAGAUGGCGAAUCAAUCUCCAGAGAGCAAUCAACCGUCGAAUACGCAGACAUACGGCUUCCCGAUCUACGCCGCCGACUGGAUCCCGGCAGAAACCGUCAGAUCGAAAAUCGACAAGGAUCAGGACAAUUCCGAAGAUGCCGGCGAAUCAUCGUCGUCAUCGACCUCCAAGAGCUGCAUCGUUUUGGCCGGAGGAGGUGGAGAGGGACGAAGCGGGAUCGCUAAUGUCAUCUUAAUCUGUCGUGUUGAUCUCGAUACGAAAUCUCUAUUGGAACAACCUAUGGGGAAGCUUGUGCUUGGCACUGAUCUGCCUUACAGGAUGGCUGUUCAUCCUCGUGGAGGUGGUCUUGUUUGUGCAUUGCCUAACAGUUGCAAACGGUUUGAUUGGGAGAAUAUUAUGAGUCCAAGAGAGGGUGAUCUGGGUAGUGAAGAGGGAGAGGAAGUGAUUAAAGAGUUGAAAGACGUUGGUCAACAGUUAGCUCUAGCGUUUAAUCAGGAAGGGUCUGUGCUUGCUGCUGGUGGGGAGGAUGGGACUUUGAGGAUUUUUGAAUGGCCUAGUAUGAAAACCAUACUUGAUGAGUCUAAGGCACAUGGAUCAGUGAAAAACCUAACCUUUAGUGAAAGUGGUAAGUUUCUUGUGUCACUUGGAGGUCCACUUUGUCGAGUUUGGGACGUAAAGGCUUCUGCUGCCAUUGCCAGUCUAUCAAAAGAGAAGGAUGAGAUGUUUGCCUACUGCAGAUUCUCUGUCGACAAUGCAGGCAAUGAAGUUCUUUACAUUGCUGCAAACACUGAACGUGGUGGGAGUAUUAUAACAUGGGACACAACAACAUGGAAAAGAAGACGUUCAAAGCUUAUGAAAAACUAUUCUAUAUCAGCCUUUAAUGUCUCAGCUGAUGGGAAGCUUCUUGCACUCGGAAACAUGGAAGGAGAUGUUUUGAUAAUUGAUUCAACAAAAAUGAAGACUCACCAAUUGGUCAAGAAAGCUCAUCUCGGUUUGGUCACCGCACUUAGUUUCUCCCCUGAUUCAAGGUGUUUAGUGUCGGUAUCUUUUGACUCAAGGGCAAAGCUAACUGUCAUUGAAAAAACGUCUGAAAAACAUGGAGUAAACUGGCUGGUGAUGUUUUUGUUGUGCGUGUUGCUAUACGUGGUUUCAUAUUAUUUCUUAAUGGCAAAGGGGAUCAUAGGGAAAGAAAACAGCCUCUAAGUGACCCCGCAAGCCAGAUACAUCCCAACGGCUUGAAACCAACAUACCAUAUGUUCUCUCUUUUUUUUUUGUUCCAGUCAUAGCUUUAUGCGUUUGUGACUUUGUGUUGUGAGAAAAAUUCGAAGGCGUUCUUCUUCUUCAUCUUUACGAGAAAUUUGAAUGCUUUUCUACAUGUCAUAAUAAUGUAAACUAACUUGGUUAAAUAAAAGAUAUUAUGCAUCA